AUGACACGCUCCAAGCUUUUCUUCGCUCUGCUCGGGCUCUCCCUGGUCGUGUCGCUCGCGCUGGCGCCGACUUGUCGCGCGAAUGAGAUCUUCACGAUCGAGCCGGAAGACGCCGACGACGAUGACGUGGCGGACGCCUCCAUUUCCGCCGACGUGUCGCCUCCUGAUCUGAUGGGCAAGCUCUUCGGCGCGAGCAGGCGGUUCCUUUGGUCGCCUGAGACGCGCCGCGAGCUGUCGUGCAAGUCGGACUGCGAGGCGAAGAACAAGGAGUGCAACGAGGAGUACAGCGAGUGCAAGCGCGAGAACAAGGACGACGAGCACAAGCACCACAAGUGCACGCACACGUACAAAAAGUGCAAGAGAAAAGCCAAGAAGUGCCGCUCCAAGUGCGAUUAG